CCCCCACGCCCGCCGCCCCUGUUAAAGAUAAACCGGGACGCUGCCUGCAGGAGCAGCGGCAACCAGCGAUCGGGCCCGGAAGAGCCUCGGCUGAGGCUUCGCCUCUCCGGCACGGCGCCCUUAUCAGCACCGCGGAGAGCACAGUGACCGUCUCCAGGACCUAGGCGCCCGCCCGCCCAGCAGCCCACGGGCGCACGGGUCUGCGGCGUCCGCAUCAGCACCGUGGACAGCGCCCCGGGCCCCAUCUCUUUGCCGCCAGCCCACCUGCUGCCCGAGUCAGCACGGCGGACAACCCCCCCUCGACGGGCCCCGCAGCUGCUCGGAGCUGUCAGCGCCCCCGGAACAUGGCCACCGAGGUCCACAAUCUGCAGGAGCUCCGGCGAAGUGCCUCGCUGGCCACCAAGGUCUUUAUCCAGAGAGACUACAGCGAUGGGACCAUCUGUCAGUUCCAGACCAAAUUCCCCCCAGAGCUGGACAGCCGGAUCGAGCGGCAGCUCUUUGAGGAGACUGUGAAGACCCUCAACAGCUUCUACGCGGAGGCGGAGAAGAUUGGGGGCAGCUCUUACCUCGAGGGCUGCCUGGCCUGUGCCACGGCCUACUUCAUCUUCCUCUGCAUGGAGACCCACUAUGAGAAGGUCCUCAAGAAGAUCUCCCGAUACAUCCAGGAGCAAAACGAGAAGGUCUUUGCCCCCCGAGGUCUCCUGCUCACAGACCCCGUGGAGCGUGGGAUGAGGGUUAUCGAGAUCUCCAUCUACGAGGACCGGUGCAGCAGUGGCAGCUCCAGCAGUGGCAGUAGCAGUGGCAGCGGCAGCAGCAGCGGCGGGGCGGGUGGCCGGUGACUGGCCGAGAGUCCCUGCAGGGAGGUGUACGACUGGACUGAGGGCCCUGCAGACCUGUGGCGGCUACGCUACCAGAGCACCCGCUUCUGAGUCGUUCUCUGGGCCCACCCUGCUGCCCAGGGCAGGAGGGAGGGUGACCCGCCCAGUGUUGCCUGCGGGCCAUCAACGGCGCCCCCUGGCAGGACGGUCCACUUCCUGACCUGGCUCUUACCCGAUGGGGCUGGUCUGGGUCACACAGAGGCAGGUUUUCCAGGGGGAGGCUGGGGUGGGGACAACACAAUUUGGACAGCCCCUCUCUUCUGCAGCUCCCCUCCCAACACCCCAGAAGAGGAUCCAGGUCUGUCACGUAGAGAAUUCCCAUCCUGCACGAUUCCUCACCCCAAAUCCCGCAUCCACCAGGACUCCCUCCAUCAGGGCCCUGCUCCCCAUGGCCGUCUCCCAGUGUCUGCUCUUUCUGAUGCCACCACGGGGCCUCUGCCUGUCUGUGACCCUGCCUCCACCGAAUUCAAGGUCUGUGGAGACAGGAGUGGUCAGCCUAUGGGCGCUGCAGUGGGGAGCUCUUCAGCCCCCUCCUGACCUCUUCUAGACUCAUGGUGUCCCUGUCCUCCACCCAGAGCCUGGAGGUCAUCUUAGCCUUGCCAAGAAGCGUCCAAGUCCUGCGACUUCGCAGGCCACCAGGUGCAGGUGGUGGGGCACAUGGCCUGGGGCUCUGGGAGGUUAUAUGGGGGUCUAGAGAAAUGCCUCAUGGAGAGAUGUAGCCUUGGGGGGUUUAACCACCAGAACUGGAGCCAACUUCCUGAGAUUAGAACCUGCACGUGUGUGAGAAUGAGUGUGUGUGCACGCAGGCACAUGUGUAAGUGCACAUAUGUGAGUGCACUAUGUGCAUGAAUGCACCUGUGUGUACUGUGUGUGAGGGCAGGUGUGUGCAUGGUGAGUGCACUUGUGUGAGUGUGUGUACACAUGCGUGUGUGCAUGUAUGUGAGUGCACUUGUACGUUCCCCUUGGCUGCUGGGCCAAUGACCCCCUCUGCAUCCUGUCUUAUCUUUGUGCACCACGGUCUGGCUGCUUCUCUGUGUGGGUCCAGCCUGUCCCCCUGUAAAUAAAUGUCCUAAUGUCCCUUGCCCCUUGCCUGGGCUGCCAGGUGGCUCUUCUUCCUGGCCUCUCCCCUACCUGCAAUGUUCUCCCCACCUUCUGGCUGUGUACAUUCUGACAAAAAAGAAGUUGGGGCUCUAGAAGAACAGAGCCAACCUUCCAGGGCCUUCCGUGUCCCCCUCUCAGUCCCUCAUGACAAGGCAACGGGGCCAUGGACACUGCAUAUUCAGCCCGCCCAGGCUCCGGGGCUCCCUAAGGCUGUUUAAGUGAGGCUUCUUUGGAAGGUCAAAGGAGCUGCUAACCCGCAGGGGAAAAGGCAAAUUCCUUUCUUGAAAGGAAAGAGGGGUGUCCAGCCAAUGAGGCCCUGGCUGCCGACACCCAGCAGCCCCAUCCUGGUGCCUGAAGAUGGACAGAAGGAGACUGCCUGCCUCAGCUGGCAGGAGGUGCUAGAGUGGAUAUGAAAGACCAGCUAGCCAGGUAGCUUUCUGGAACCAAAGAGGGGUCUGGUUUUCUUUUGGACGCAGGAGCAGCGUGUAGGAAAGUUCCAGAGAGCUGGAGAGGGCAGCCCAGCCCCUGAACCUAAGUGGGUGCCGGUCCAAGGAUGCCCCGGGUGAGCUUGCAGCCCGGUGGGCUCCAGCACAGCCCCUACCCCUAUACCCACCCUGGCCCACCGUAUGGCUGGGGCUGACCUGUGCGUCUCCUGUGGGAGGGCUGGGCGUAGGCGAUGUGGUGGCCUUUUGCUUUAUUAUUUCUUUUUCCAAUAAAAGGCCUUGCCUAGCUUGAGGCUCUGUGCUGCUUCUCUCCCCCACGGUGGUGGGAGGCCAGAUCUGUGCCCCAGGACCAUGGCGAGGAGGCAGGGCUGAGUGUGCUCCUGAAGAGGCAGUGCCCUGACACGGGCAGGACGGUCCCUGUCUUCUUGGAGCUUGCAGUCUAGUGGGAGGCAGACACUCUGCAUCCCUAAUCUGGAGGCUUUAUGAGGCCCUGGGAUCCUUACGUGGGGGGAACAGGUUAGACUGAAAGCCAGGUCAAAAUCAAGUCACGGGGCUUCCCUGGUGGUGCAGUGGUUGAGAGUCCGCCUGCCCAUGCA